AUGUUUGAACGUAUUCUUCUUCUGUCGUUAUUUAUUGGCCUAGUUUACGGAGCGCCUACAAAAAGCCCAGAACAUGAUUAUAGUAAAUAUUUGGAUACUGUGUAAGUUGUGAAACCAACGUUUGACUACUUUUUUUUGUGCCGUAUUUCGGUCGAAAAUAUUUCAAAUUUCAGGUCUCCCGACCAUCGCGAAGCCGUUGGGACUGCGCUGAAAUGCCUCGAUAAGAUGGUUCUCCACGUGGCCGAUGUCGAUGACAUUGAGCAGAUCGAAACAAACUCGAGUAUUUUCACGUUCUUCCUCCCCUUCAUGAUGUUUGAUCUUCCUGAAUAUCCCGCCCAUGAGUGUCUUGAAGCAAGCGAUGAUGAGUAUUUGGUGGCUGUUCGAAAUCUAGCUGAGAGGCUUGCCGAGCCGUUCAGACCUUUCUUUAAGCGGCGACCAAAAAGAGAGGCCAAAAAGUUGAACAUGAACCCGUUCCAGUCGAUAAGGGAUCAGUGCGGAAGUCUGUAAGUUUGAUAGCAAUAAAACGCCAAGCUUUGCAAAAAAUAGAAAUAUUACCCGUCAUCAUAUUUUCAGCCCCGACUACUACGUUCCAUGUGAACCCAAAUUCUCGGAAGACUUCAACAUCCGCUACAGCGACACCUUGGCCGCUUCCUCUUAUAUCGCCGAUGUGAUUGCCCCUGGAAGUGCUUGUCGGCUCGGAUUGGAUGGCCGAUUGGACAAAAGAAUUUUCAAGAAAGGAAAUAGCCGGGAGAAGUUCCAGGUAACUCAAGGAUGUGUUAGCAACAGCACCUCUUUCGAUGAGUUUAACGCUGCUUUUGCCCAAAGCACUUGA